CAGACCAUAUCACUCAAAUUAGCCAUGGCUUACAAUAUUUUCUUCAUUUCUUCUCUAUUAAUCCUAGCAAUAUUCACCCAAAAAAUCCAUGCCGUAGAAUACAGCGUAACCAACAGGGCCGCAAACACCCCCGGGGGUGCCCGUUUCGACCGAGAUAUUGGUGUCCCAUACAGCAAGCUAACACUUGCAUUUUCCACUUCAUUCAUAUGGCGUAUCUUUGAACAGAACUCUCCGUCUGACCGCAAAAACGUACAAAAGAUUAGCAUGUUCGUUGAUGACAUUGAUGGAGUAGCCUACACCGUCAACGAUGAGAUUCAUGUUAGUGCCAGGUACAUCCAGAGUUACUCUGGUGAUGUUAGGAGAGAGAUCACUGGAGUGUUAUUUCACGAGAACACCCAUGUUUGGCAGUGGAAUGGGAAUGGUCGGGCUCCAGGAGGAUUAAUCGAAGGGAUUGCUGAUUAUGUGAGGCUCAAAGCUGGUCUUAUACCUAGUCACUGGGUCAAACCAGGCCAGGGCGACCAAUGGGACCAAGGCUAUGACGUGACUGCUCGAUUUCUUGAUUACUGCAACAGCUUGAAAAAUGGGUUUGUGGCACAACUUAACAAAAAGAUGAGAAAUGGCUACAGUAAUAAGUUCUUUGUUGAGCUGCUGGGGAAGACGGUUGAUCAACUUUGGAAAGAGUACAAAGCUAAAUACCGUGCAGAGCAUGAAGUUGCCUAGUUAGUCCAAAAAUGAGAAACAUCAUCUAAUGCAUGCCUUUGUACCAAUAAAAGACUAUUUGUGUCAUGGUCUUGUUGAAGAAUUAUACUAGUAAUGAUUAGUAAUAAUAAGCACAAGAGGAUAAUUUCAAUCUAUCUUACUCGUGUGACUAAUUAGUAAGCAAUUCCGUAGAGGGGAAUUCAGGUGUUGUUAUGGGGUUAAAUUGAAUCCGCUUACUAAAAUAAAUUUACUGUAUCA